GAGCGCAGCGCGCCUCCCGGGGCCGCCCGCCGCGGGCAGGGAGCGCGUGGGGGCCGAGGCGCUAGUGGAAGCGGCCGCCGCAGCCGCCCUGCGCGCUGCGCCGUGAGGACCGGGUUGCGGUGUACCCAGCGGGCCGGCGCCGAGCCGAGCCGCCGCGGCCACCGUGGGGCGGGGGGCGCCUGCGAGGAGGGGGUGGGAGCCGCGGCGGCCCGACCCUCCCCGCCCGCGGCGCUCCCGCUCGGAUGAUCCUCUAGUCUUGCUUUGAAAAAAUCAUUCUGUGUAACUCUUGACUGUGACUAAGUUCCUAAUACACCUGUUGGGACGAUCACUGACACAGUAUACCAUUUGAGAGGUACUUUUCUUGACCCAAUACUGGUGAUUAGAGAAGAGAGGUAUCUUGGUUUUUGUUUUUUUUCUUUGAUCAUUAUGAACAUUGGCUUUUCACCCCUGAAGUGAAAAUGUUGAAAACUGAGUCUUCAGGUGAACGAACCACUCUCAGAAGUGCCUCUCCUCACAGGAAUGCAUAUCGAACUGAGUUUCAGGCACUGAAAAGUACCUUUGACAAACCCAAGUCAGAUGGGGAACAAAAAACAAAAGAAGGUGAGGGCUCCCAGCAGAGCAGGGGGAGGAAAUAUGGCUCCAAUGUCAACAGAAUCAAAAACCUAUUUAUGCAGAUGGGUAUGGAACCCAACGAGAAUGCUGCAGUCAUUGCCAAAACAAGGGGGAAAGGUGGACAUUCAUCUCCUCAGAGAAGAAUGAAGCCCAAAGAAUUUCUGGAAAAAACAGAUGGCUCAGUUGUUAAGUUGGAGUCUUCUGUUUCUGAACGAAUUAGUAGAUUUGACACAAUGUACGAUGGCCCUUCAUAUUCCAAGUUCACUGAGACUCGAAAGAUGUUUGAGAGAAGUGUGCAUGAAUCAGGACAGAACAACCGCUAUUCCCCAAAGAAAGAGAAAGCUGGAGGGAGUGAACCUCAGGAUGAAUGGGGAGGUUCCAAGUCCAACAGAGGCAGUACAGAUUCCUUGGACAGCCUUAGCUCCCGAACUGAGGCUGUCUCCCCAACUGUGAGUCAACUGAGUGCAGUAUUUGAGAACACUGAUUCUCCCAGUACCAUCAUUUCUGAGAAGGCUGAAAACAAUGAAUACUCAGUGACUGGGCAUUAUCCCUUGAAUUUACCAUCUGUUACUGUUACAAAUCUUGACACAUUUGGCCACCUUAAGGAUUCUAAUUCCUGGCCUCCUUCAAACAAGCAAGGUGUUGAUACAGAGGAUGCUCUCAAGAGUAAUGCAACUCCAGUACCAGAAGUGGCUUCUAAAAGUACCUCUCUAGCUUCGAUACCUGGUGAAGAGAUCCAGCAGAGCAAGGAACCCGAGGACUCCACAUCUAACCAACAGACUCCCGACAGCAUUGACAAAGACAGUCCUGAAGAACCUUGUGCUGAAAGUAAGGCAGUGCCAAAGUCCGAAAUCCCUUCACCACAAAGCCAACUGUUAGAAGAUGCUGAAGCUAAUUUGGUUGGAAGUGAGGCAGCAAAGCAACAGAGGAAAGAACUUGCAGGUGGUGAUUUCACCUCUCCUGAUGCUUCUGCAUCCAGUUGUGGAAAAGAAGUACCCGAAGAUUCAAAUAAUUUUGAUAGUUCCCAUGUGUACAUGCACAGUGACUAUAAUGUGUAUAGGGUGAGAUCCAGAUAUAAUUCAGACUGGGGAGAGACAGGCACUGAGCAGGAUGAGGAGGAAGAUAGUGAUGAGAACAGUUACUAUCAGCCUGAUAUGGAAUACUCGGAAAUCGUUGGAUUGCCAGAAGAAGAAGAAAUCCCAGCAAAUAGGAAAAUUAAGUUUAGUAGUGCCCCUAUUAAGGUUUUCAACACAUACUCCAAUGAAGACUAUGACAGGAGAAAUGAUGAAGUUGACCCUGUGGCUGCUUCAGCUGAGUAUGAACUUGAAAAACGUGUAGAAAAGCUGGAACUUUUCCCAGUGGAGCUAGAGAAAGAUGAGGAUGGUCUUGGUAUAAGUAUUAUUGGAAUGGGUGUUGGAGCAGAUGCUGGACUUGAAAAGCUGGGAAUAUUCGUCAAGACAGUAACAGAAGGUGGUGCGGCUCAACGGGAUGGCAGAAUACAAGUCAAUGACCAGAUUGUGGAAGUGGAUGGAAUCAGCUUGGUGGGUGUGACACAGAAUUUUGCAGCAACUGUUCUCAGAAACACCAAGGGCAAUGUCAGAUUUGUUAUUGGGCGGGAAAAACCAGGACAAGUGAGUGAGGUUGCCCAGUUGAUAAGCCAGACACUGGAACAGGAGAGGCGCCAGAGAGAGCUGCUGGAACAGCACUAUGCCCAGUAUGAUGCCGACGAUGAUGAGGUUGCCAUGGAGGAUUUCAAUAAAUCUCUCAGACAAUCAACACUAUUUCAUGACACUCGGGGGAACACUGUGGCUGGAUUGCAAGGAAUGUCUGGCAACUGCAAUAACAAUAACAACUAUUUUCUUAAGACAGGAGAAUAUGCCACAGAUGAAGAAGAAGAUGAGGUAGGACCUGUCCUUCCUGGCAGCGACAUGGCCAUUGAAGUCUUUGAGCUGCCUGAGAAUGAGGACAUGUUUUCCCCAUCAGACCUGGACACAAGCAAGCUCAGUCACAAGUUCAAAGAGUUGCAAAUCAAACAUGCAGUUACAGAAGCAGAGAUUCAAAAAUUGAAGACCAAGCUGCAGGCAGCAGAAAAUGAGAAAGUGAGGUGGGAACUAGAAAAAACCCAACUCCAACAAAACAUAGAAGAGAAUAAGGAAAGAAUGUUGAAGUUGGAAAGCUACUGGAUUGAGGCCCAAACGUUAUGCCACACAGUGAAUGAACAUCUCAAAGAGACUCAAAGCCAGUAUCAGGCCUUGGAAAAGAAAUACAACAAGGCAAAGAAGUUGAUCAAGGAUUUUCAACAAAAAGAGCUUGAUUUCAUCAAAAGACAGGAAGCAGAAAGAAAGAAAAUAGAAGAUUUGGAAAAAGCUCAUCUUGUGGAAGUGCAAGGCCUCCAAGUGCGGAUUAGAGAUUUGGAAGCUGAGGUAUUCAGGCUACUAAAGCAAAAUGGGACUCAAGUUAACAAUAAUAACAACAUCUUUGAGAGAAGAACAUCUCUUGGUGAAGUGUCUAAAGGGGAUACCAUGGAGAACUUGGAUGUCAAGCAAACAUCUUGCCAAGAUGGCCUAAGUCAAGACUUGAAUGAAGCAGUCCCAGAGACAGAGCGCCUGGAUUCAAAAGCACUGAAAACUCGAGCCCAGCUCUCUGUGAAGAACAGACGCCAGAGGCCCUCUAGGACAAGACUGUAUGAUAGUGUUAGUUCCACAGAUGGGGAGGACAGUCUAGAGAGAAAGCCAUCAAACAGUUUCUAUAACCACAUGCAUAUUACCAAAUUACUUCCACCUAAGGGUUUGAGAACUUCUUCUCCAGAAUCAGAUUCUGGUGUUCCACCCCUCACCCCGGUGGAUAGCAAUGUGCCCUUCUCGUCUGACCACAUAGCUGAAUUUCAAGAAGAACCACUGGACCCAGAAAUAGGGCCUCUCUCCUCUAUGUGGGGAGACACUUCACUGUUUUCUACUUCAAAGUCUGAUCAUGAUAUGGAAGAAUCUCCUUGCCAUCACCAAACCACCAACAAGAAAAUAUUACAAGAAAAAGAUGAUGCCAAAGAUCCCAGAUCACUAAGGGCAUCCAGUUCAUUGGCGGUGCAAGGAGGAAAAAUUAAGCGGAAGUUUGUGGAUCUGGGGGCACCUUUGCGAAGGAAUUCCAACAAGGGAAAGAAGUGGAAAGAAAAAGAAAAAGAAGCCAGUAGGUUUUCUGCAGGUAGCAGGAUCUUCAGAGGCAGACUGGAAAACUGGACACCCAAGCCACAUUCAACAGCUCAGACCUCCACUCGUUCCCCUUGCAUGCCUUUCUCAUGGUUUAAUGACAGCCGGAAAGGAUCCUAUUCCUUCAGGAACCUGCCUGCACCUACAACUUCCCUUCAGCCUUCUCCUGAGACUCUAAUUUCAGAUAAAAAGGGGUCCAAGGUAGAAAACACAUGGAUUACAAAAGCAAACAAGAGAAACCCAAAUCCCUCCUCUUCUUCAAUCUUUGGAAGGCAUUCUCAACUUAUGUCUGUAGUCUGGAUCCAAGAAACCAAUAAUUUUACCUUCAAUGAUGACUUCAGUCCCAGCAGUACCAGUUCAGCAGACCUCAGCGGCUUAGGAGCAGAACCUAAAACACCAGGGCUCUCUCAGUCCUUAGCACUGUCAUCAGAUGAGAUCCUUGAUGAUGGACAGUCUCCCAAACACAGUCAGUGUCAGAAUCGGGCCGUUCAGGAAUGGAGUGUGCAGCAGGUUUCUCACUGGUUAAUGAGCCUAAAUCUGGAGCAGUAUGUAUCUGAAUUCAGUGCCCAAAACAUCACUGGAGAGCAGCUCCUGCAGUUGGAUGGAAAUAAACUUAAGGCUCUUGGAAUGACAGCAUCCCAGGACCGAGCAGUGGUCAAAAAGAAACUCAAGGAAAUGAAGAUGUCUCUAGAGAAGGCUCGGAAGGCCCAAGAGAAAAUGGAAAAACAAAGAGAAAAGCUAAGGAGAAAGGAACAAGAGCAAAUGCAGAGGAAGUCCAAAAAGACAGAAAAGAUGACAUCAACUACAGCCGAGGAUGCUGGUGAGCAGUAACACAUACCCUCUUACAGGUGAUGGAGAUGCUCCAAGAGAAGUCCCCACCUCUUCCUGCCCUGCUCUCCUCCAGAGGAUGAAAAAGAAACUAAAUGAUAAGGGUAAUGCGGCUCUAGGCCGGCUGAGGAACUGUGCGUUGAAUAACUGCCUUUUCUGCAAUAGAAUGCACUCUUAAUUUUAACUACUGAAAUAAUCCCAAGCCACUUUUGGUUUAUUAAGAAAUCAGAGAUUUCAUUUAAGUAGCUGUGUUUUGCUCUUCUCUAACUUACCAGCAUCUUGUGUUGUGUUGGGUGUGUUUUGUCACUUGGAGAACUAGUGUGACCCCACCCAACAAGAGCAUGGCACACCCUGGUGUUGUUAAUGGAGCACCGUGAAUUUUCAGUGUGGGAUCCUGAAAUGGCAAUUGCACAUGUCUGCAUGGCAGAGAGCACCCUGCCAUGAGAUCUGAGACCAGUACUUAACUUCUAGGGCUGCAACACCUACUCCAAUGUGUGGGAAAGAUUCGCUCUUAAUUCUCAGUCUGGACAGUAAGACCACCCCGCUGUGGAAACAUGGGUGGUCUGCUCUGUAGUUACCUACUAAGGGAAAAGGCAAGCAAGUCAUUCUGCUUGCUAGGCAUCAAAAAGAAAGAAAAGAAAUUAUAGCUAUUUGUUAACCACUGAAAAAA